AAAAAGCCACAGACGGCUCCCUGCAGAGUGAGGACUGGACGCUGAACAUGGAGGUCUGCGACAUCAUCAAUGAGACGGAGGAAGGGCCAAAGGAUGCGAUUCGAGCCCUGAAGAAGCGGCUCAAUGGGAACCGGAACUACAGAGAGGUGAUGCUGGCAUUAACAGUGCUGGAGACGUGCGUGAAGAACUGCGGCCACCGCUUCCAUGUCCUCGUGGCCAACCGGGAUUUCAUUGACAGCGUCCUGGUCAAGAUCAUCGCUCCCAAAAACAACCCUCCCACCAUCGUGCAGGACAAAGUGCUGGCGCUGAUCCAGGCGUGGGCCGAUGCCUUCCGCAGCAGCCCCGACCUCACCGGCGUGGUGCACAUCUACGAGGAACUGAAGAGGAAAGGGGUUGAAUUCCCCAUGGCGGACUUAGACGCUCUGUCUCCCAUACACACACCACAGCGGAGUGUCCCAGAAGUGGAUCCAGCCGCGACCAUGCCCAGGCCCCAGUCCCAGCAGAGGACGAGCGUCGGCUCCUAUUCUUCAUCUUCUCCUACUCCCUACUCCGCUCCACAGGCCCCGGCUCUGAGCAUGACCGGCCCCAUCACGGCCAAUUCAGAACAGAUCGCCAGGCUGCGGAGUGAACUGGACGUUGUCCGAGGGAACACGAAAGUCAUGUCUGAGAUGUUAACGGAGAUGGUGCCCGGGCAGGAGGACCCGUCUGACCUGGAGCUGCUGCAGGAGCUGAACAGGACCUGCCGGGCCAUGCAGCAGCGCAUCGUGCAGCUCAUCUCCCGCGUGUCCAACGAGGAGGUCACCGAGGAGCUGCUGCACGUCAACGACGACCUCAACAACGUCUUCCUCCGCUACGAGAGGUUUGAACGGUACAGGUCAGGCCGGUCGGUUCAAAAUGCCAGUAACGGAGUACUGAACGAAGUGACUGAAGACAACUUAAUAGACCUGGGGCCGGGGUCUCCAGCCGUGGUGAGCCCGAUGGUGGGGAACACGGCGCCUCCAUCUUCACUCUCCUCCCAGCUUGCAGGCUUGGACCUGGGGACGGAGAGCGUCAGUGGCACCCUCAGUUCACUGCAGCAGUGUAGUCCCCGUGACGGCUUUGACAUGUUUGCCCAGACCAGAGGGAGUUCCUUGGCCGAGCAGCGCAAGACGGUAACCUACGAGGAUCCCCAGGCUGUUGGAGGACUCGCUUCUGCACUAGACAGUCGAAAGCAGAACUCGGAAGUGCAGAGAGGGACAGGUGGGGACUCUGACCUGGAGCCUAUAGACAGCUGGCUCAUAACUCAAGGAAUGAUCCCUGUUACGCAGUCCUCUGUCAUGGACGACAUUGAGGUGUGGCUCAGGACGGACCUGAAGGGCGACGACCUGGAGGAGGGUGUCACAAGUGAAGAGUUCGACAAAUUUCUGGAAGAAAGAGCCAAAGCUGCUGAAAUGGUCCCUGACCUCCCCUCGCCCCCGGCGGAGGCCCCUGCCCCAGCCUCAAACCCCUCUGGCCGGAAGAAGCCCGAGAGGUCGGAGGACGCCCUCUUUGCCCUGUGAGCUGCUCUGCGGUUCGCCUUCCACACGGCAGGGCCAGGUCGCCGCUCGCUCCCCUCCCCCUCCCUGGGCGCCGGCC